GUUUUAUUUAUCUAUCUUCCCGUCUUUUUCCCUUUUCUCUCUUUCUCUUCCUUCUGUUAUCUCUCUCUUAUUUCACCCAACUCUUCAUCAUAAUAAUCUCCAUAAUCCCAUCUUUUCUGUAACUUCUUCUUCAUUUCCAUCUUCUUCUCUUUCUCUCUCCUCCAUUUCUUCUCUUCAGAUCCCUUCAUUCAAGAUCGGUGAUUGCAGCUUCUUCUUUGUUGGUGGAGGAGAGAGAAAAGUGGGGAGAGUUGAGACUGGCAAAAGAGGGAAUUCUUAGAUCUGUUUAAGAGAAAAAAAGAGGGAGGAAGAAAGGUAAAAACGAUGUCGUUUACAGGAACUCAACAGAAAUGCAAGGUUUGUGAUAAGACUGUUUAUCUGAUGGAUCAGCUUUCUGCUGAUGGUGUUGCUUAUCACAAGUCUUGCUUCAAAUGCAACCAUUGCAAAAACAAGCUUCAGCUGCACAGUUUUUCUUCAAUGGAUGGUGCACUGUACUGCAAGCCUCACUUUGAGCAGUUGUUCAAAGAAACAGGGAACUUCAACAAGAAUUUUCAGUCCCCUACAAGACUACUUGCUGAAAAGUCCCCUGACGUGAAGCCUGAGUUGACAAGAUCGCCAAGCAAAGCCGCGCGCAUGUUUUCUGGAACUCAAGAAAAAUGUACAACUUGUUCCAAAACUGUUUAUCCAAUUGAGAAGGUGACAGUGGAAAAUCUAUUCUAUCACAAGUUUUGUUUCAAGUGCUCCCAUGGUGGCUGCUCUAUUACCCCUUCAAACUAUGCUGCCCUUGAUGGAAUCCUCUACUGUAAACAUCAUUUCUCACAGCUUUUCAGAGAGAAAGGAAGCUAUGCUCAUAUUAAAAAGUCUGCUUCGAUCAAGCGAGGAUCUGCUCUGGUUCCUGAAGCCGUUGCAGCUGCAGUUCCAGCUCCAGAAACUUGAAUUCCUGAUUCUUUUUUUUCUCUUGAAGUAUUUGGAUAGUAUUGCCUUCUUCCUGUGUGAGUACUGUGAUAACUGAUAAGAAGUUAACUAAAGCUUCUCUGUUUUGUUGUAUCUAUCAUUUAUAUUGACUGGUGUUUGCUUAAA